GACACACACACAGACACACACACACAGACACGGCAGGCUCUUCUCUCUCACACACAACACAAAGGAUGUCAACCUCAUUGGUAUUCAGAGUGGAGUGCCAGCAGCAGCCAUUGCCGAUAUAACCCGACAGCCCUUGCCAGCAGCAGAAGCCGCUACAACCUUCAAAGUCAUCACCACCACCGACACCACCACCACCGCCGUCACCACCACCACCGUCACCACCGCCACCGCCAGCAGCGCGAGGAGUUGUGUGUGUGGAUGUUUGUGGCGAGUGAGCCGAGACGCAGCUCCGCGCGUCUUCAAGCUCCGCGCGGCCUCUUGCCAGCAGCCCGCAGCGGAUCGCGUCGCUUCCUCCGCCCUGUUGCUGCUGCUACUGCUGCUACUACUGUGGUGUCGUCUCGUCGGGGGGGGGGCAAGGGGAUUGAGGAAGGAGGUGGAGGAGGAGGUGGUGGAGGGUGAAGGAGCAAGAGAGUAGGGGGGGCUCACUGGAAACCAGAAUUGUUGUUGACAUCCGAAUAAACAACAACAGCAGCAGGAGGAGCAAUCACCACGAACAACAUCACCACGAACAACAACAACAUCACCACUAACAACAUCACCACUAACAAGGAGCCUGCGGCGGUGGUGGUGGUGGUGCUGUGGUUGUCUGCUAGAGCGACGCAGCAGCAGUAAUAGUUGUAGGAAUAGUCGUCGUCAUCAUCAUCGUCGUGCGUCCAUAACGUCCGCGGACGUCAGCAGGCACCGAGUUGACAUCUGCUCGAGCUGGUCACCUGCGCGCUCUUCACGUCGCUGCGAUAGCGGACAGAGGACUGUGGGUGCGGACGAGGAGCUUGGUGAUGAUGUGAGACGGACAGACAGACAGAGAGAGACACAGACAGACAGAGAGAGACACAGACAGACAGAGAGAGACACUGAGAGAGAGGGAGGUGAGAGUGAUGGGUCUAUGACGACUGCAGUAGCCAGCCGUGUCGAGUUUCACGAGAAGAUGCUCAUUCUACUCCUUCUCCUGUUCGUCAUGAAUCUACAUCGUGUCUGCAAUGGGAAGAUCGAGAGCGACGACUACGAGGACCUGACGCUCAACAAGACGUGGGUCCUGGCCCCGAAAGUCUACGAGAGUGACGUCACGCAGAUCCUCAACCGCAUGCUGGAGGGGUACGACAACAAGCUGCGCCCCGGCAUCGGAAUGCGACCCACCAAGGUGGAAGUGGACAUCUUCGUCAACAGCAUUGGCCCCGUGUCCGCCAUCAACAUGGAGUACACCAUCGACCUGUUCUUCGCCCAGACGUGGCACGACAGCCGCCUGCGCUUCAACCACACCAUGAAGGUGCUGCGCCUCAACAGCAACAUGGUGGGCAAGAUCUGGAUCCCCGACACGUUCUUCCGCAACUCCAAGAUGGCCGACACGCACUGGAUCACGACGCCCAAUCAACUGCUGAGGAUCUGGAACACGGGACGCGUUCUCUACACACUCCGGUUGACGAUCCACGCCGAGUGUCAGCUGGCGCUCCACAACUUCCCCAUGGACGAGCACGCGUGCCCCCUCGAGUUCUCCAGCUACGGCUACCCGAAGGACGAGAUCAUCUACCGCUGGAGCAGCAGCUCCGUGGAGCUCGCCAACCAACAGAACUGGAAGCUCUACCAGUUCUCCUUCGUCGGCCUCCGCAACAUCACCAACAUUCUCAAAACUCCCUCCGGCGACUACGUCGUGAUGGCCGUGUACUUUGAGCUGGUGCGGAGGAUGGGCUACUUCACCAUCCAGACGUACAUCCCCUGCAUCCUAAUCGUCGUGCUCUCCUGGGUCUCCUUCUGGAUCAACAGAGACGCGACGCCGGCACGCACCGCCCUGGGCAUCACGACGGUGCUCACGAUGACCACGCUGAGCACCAUCUCGCGCAAGACGCUGCCCAAGGUGUCGUACGCCACGGCCAUGGACCUCUUCGUCACGGUGUGCUUCUUCUUUGUCUUCGCCGCCAUGAUCGAGUACGCCACGCUCACCUUCUUCGUCAUGCAGCAGAAGCAGAACGCCGGCAAGAAGCCCAAGGAGAAGCCCCCGCCACGGCCCCCACAGAGCCACUACCACGGGCUGCUCAAGGUGCGCAUGCGCUCCGAGCGUCUCAACAACGCCCUGGCUCCGUCGCGCCUCCUCGCCCCUCCCCCUCCCCUUCCGUCGCCCCCCCAACUGCGGUCGGGGUGCCCCCCCGCCGGCGUCGCCGCCGACUGCCUCGAGGGAAAGGACUGCUCGGGGUUCUUCUGCUGCGUGGACGAGUGCCGGAGCGGCGCGUGGCGCCAGGGCAGGGCCCACAUCCACAUCGUGCAGCUCGACUCCUACGCUCGCAUCUUCUUCCCCACCUCGUUCGCCCUCUUCAACCUCGUCUACUGGGUGACCUACCUGUACCUGUGACCGCUCCUCCGGCCGGCGCGUCGUGCGCGAGCGAUUGCGGUGGGGGCGGUGAGGGCGGUGGGGGCGGUGGGGGCGUGGGGGGCAACUUGGGGGGAAUGUUGUAUAU